UUAGUUCUCCUAUUGACCAAUCGAUACCAAGUUUUUAGUCAGAAGUCAACCAAUCGUAUUAGAGGUACUAUUCUGAAAAAAUCGUUGUAAAAUAAUUUAUUCAUCGGUUGAAGUUUAGUACACAGAAGCGGGAGAAUAGUUUGAAGAAUGGCACGUACAAAGCAGACAGCUCGUAAAAGUACAGGAGGAAAAGCUCCUCGUAAACAGCUCGCCACAAAGGCUGCACGUAAGAGUGCUCCCUCCACUGGCGGUGUAAAGAAGCCCCAUAGGUACAGGCCAGGAACAGUCGCUCUCAGAGAAAUCAGAAGGUACCAGAAAUCCACAGAGUUGCUCAUCAGAAAAUUGCCUUUCCAGCGUCUUGUAAGAGAAAUUGCUCAGGACUUCAAGACCGACUUGAGAUUCCAAAGUGCAGCUAUUGGGGCUUUGCAGGAGGCCAGUGAAGCUUACCUCGUUGGAUUAUUUGAGGACACUAACCUGUGCGCUAUCCACGCCAAGAGAGUCACAAUCAUGCCCAAAGACAUUCAGUUGGCCAGAAGGAUUCGUGGAGAGCGUGCUUGAUCUCAUUUCUUCUGUUUCUUCAUCUACUUUUCCAUCAGGACAUUCAAAUUUUUAUCACAAAUGCAGCAGACAUUAUCAGGACAUAUAAUAGCUAUGGCAUGAUAUUUAUGUGAGAACAAAAAUCGUGAGAAAUUUAUCAUGUGACUCUUGAUUUUCAUAGUUUUUAUCCUGUGUUUUGAGUACACAAAGAUUUUAGUUUUUAAAAUGAUCUCUUUUUCAAGAAAUUGCUUCUUUUUUUUCAUCUGUUAAAGACAAAAAAAUUGGGUUCAAUUCUUCAGCUGUAUUUUCAGUAAAGCAAAUCGGUCAGGAAGACAAUGCAGUGCAUCAUAUUAUCAUGAAUAGUCAGGGAAAAUUUGUAAUUGUAUGUGCAGCAGUUUUGUAUUUCAAUGUAUUUCUUUCUUGACUGUCUUUUCCAUCUUAAAUUCAUGGGGGGGAAACAUUUUGCUGUUUUAUACAGGGGUCUCAUUGUGUUGUCUUGAAACGUUUUAGAUUUGCAUGUAUUCUCAUUUUAACAAUAAAUGUAGUACUUUCCUUAA